CAUGCAGCAUUAUCGGAAAUCCGUUGAUUUGUGCUACUGGCUUAGAUUGCUCUGGCACAAUGCAAAUGCCUAUUUCCUUCGAUGUUAAUAAUUCACAAAGGGCUCCAGCUCCAAUAAAACCCAAAGGUCACAAGUUCGCUGUUGCAUUUGGUUCUGCUCUUAGCUGUGUUUGCUUAUUUCUAUGCGCGCUUGGGUUGCUCCUCUGGUGGAGACAGCAGCAUAACCAACAGAUCUUCCUUGACGUCAAUGACCAACAUAAUGAGGAAGUUUGCCUUGGAAAUUUGAAGAGGUUUAGCUUGAGGGAGCUUCAGACUGCUACAAAUAACUUCAGCAAUAAGAACAUACUAGGAAAAGGUGGCUUUGGAAAUGUAUAUAAAGGUCAUCUUGCCGAUGAAACUUUGGUGGCUGUGAAAAGGCUCAAGGAUGGAAACGCUGCAGGUGGAGAGACCCAAUUUCAGACUGAAGUGGAGAUGAUAAGCUUAGCAGUCCAUCGAAAUCUACUCAAAUUAUAUGGGUUUUGUAUGACUACUACCGAGAGGCUUCUAGUUUAUCCCUAUAUGUCCAAUGGAAGUGUCGCCUCCCGAUUGAAAGGUAAGCCAUCACUAGAGUGGGGUACAAGAAAGAGAAUAGCACUGGGAGCAGCAAGAGGUCUACUUUAUCUCCAUGAACAAUGUGAUCCCAAGAUAAUUCACCGAGAUGUCAAAGCAGCAAACAUACUGCUUGAUGACUACUGUGAGGCCAUAGUUGGCGAUUUUGGGCUAGCAAAGCUUUUGGAUCACAAGGAUUCUCAUGUGACUACUGCUGUUAGAGGUACCGUUGGUCAUAUAGCUCCCGAGUAUCUCUCAACAGGCCAAUCUUCUGAGAAAACUGACGUGUUUGGAUUUGGCAUUCUUCUUCUUGAACUGAUCACUGGCCAGACUGCUCUUGAGUUUGGGAAGGCGGCAAAUCAGAAAGGAGCCAUGAUAGAAUGGGUGAAAAAAGUUCACCUAGAGAAAAAACUUGACAUGCUAGUGGACAAGGACCUGAAGAACAGGUAUGAUCAUGUAGAGCUUGAAGAGAUGGUUCAGGUCGCACUCCUAUGCACCCAAUAUCUCCCAGGCCACCGGCCAAAGAUGUCAGAGGUAGUGAGAAUGCUGGAAGGAGAUGGUCUUGCUGAGAAGUGGGAAGCCUCUCAGGGGCUUGACCCACCUCCCAAGUUCAAAGUGCCUGAGUCCUCAUCUAAUUCAGAGCGCUGCUACUCUGAUCUUACUGAUGAUUCAUCGCUUCUGGUACAAGCAAUGGAGCUCUCUGGACCAAGGUAAUGAUGAUGAUGAUGAUGAUGAUAAAAAGAUAAUAAAUUCAAACAGAAAGGUAGAGUGUUGUUAUUGAAGAACUUGUACAGUAAAAAGUGAGUUAAAUGUUUUUUUAGUGUAUUUUGUAUAAUGGUCUAUGAGCUCUUGUGGAGAAUAGCAUAAUGUGUAGAGUUGAUUUCCAAUUAAUUUCAAGAGAUAAGUUCUGAGAAAUUUCAUGGAAUGUAGUGGAGAAUAAAUUGAAUU